CCCCAAAAAUUUCCUAUUUGACAUUUGCGGCACAUUGCAACUGUAAUUCCUGAUUUCUUUCUUGCAGUUUUCCACUUCACAGAGGAUCACGGCAAUUGGGAUCACGCCGCCGCCAUGGACGAGGAAUUGCUUGAACUUCAGCGACAAUUCGAGUUCGCACAGCAGGCCAAAUCGAGCAUCCGUUUGUCCGAGCGAAACGUCGUCGAAUUGGUCCAGAAACUUCAGCAGCUCCAAAUCAUUGACUUCGGUCUCCUUCACACCACUUCCGGGAAAGAGUACAUCACUCCGGAGCACUUGAGGAGCGAAAUAGCGUCAGAAAUAAAUAAGAGAGGCCGAGUAUCGCUUAUUGAUUUGGCGGAUACAAUAGGGGUGGAUUUGUACCAUGUCGAGAAACAAUCGCAGGAUGUUGUGUCUAAUGACUCAUCGCUUAUGUUGAUUAAUGGGGAAAUAAUUUCGAAUGGUUAUUGGGAUACCGUUUCUGAAGAAAUUAAUGAGAGACUGCAGGAAUGCAGCCAAAUUUCUCUGGCAGAAAUUGCUGGUCAGCUACAAGUGGGCUCUGAAUUGAUAUCCUCUGUUCUGGAACCUCGCCUGGGGACUUUGGUAAAGGGUAGGCUUGAAGGUGGUCAAUUGUAUACACCGGCUUAUGUCGCACGUGUGAAUGCAAUGGUUCGCGGUGCAGCGAGGGGAAUUGCUGUUCCCAUGAAUCUGUCUGCAUUGUGGAAUUCGUUGCAGGUUUUGUUGCAGGAUAUGGAUGGCUUUAGUGGCGUGGCAGUUGAAAGUUCUUUCUUUCAGUCAUUGUUUAAUGGGGUUGUGAAGGAAGGCGAGAUUCUUGGCUCUCUCCGAGCUGGCGUACACUGGACACCUUCUGUAUUUGCCUUGGCUCAAAAGGAAUGUGUCGAUUCCUUCUUUUCACAGAAUUCCUACAUAAGUUAUGAAACUCUACACAAGCUUGGAAUCCCACAACCCAGUCAGUUUUUGCAGUCUAGAUAUCCAGAAGGGAAACCACUUGCCAAUGUCUUUGUUCAUGGUUCACUGAUUGAGAUGUUGGAUGCUUCCAUAGAGGAUGCUAUUGAACGUGGUAGUUGGAUAGAUUCUCUUACAAUUUUACCACCAUCUUUUACAUCCCAAGAUGCAUUUAAGAUUCUUUCACUUUGUUCAUCUGUUCAGAAAGCUCUAAAGUCUCAUAGAGCUCAUCUUCUGGGGGAAUCCUACAUUUUUAGUGACAUAAUUGUGAAGAAUUUGUUUGAUAGUAUUGAAAAAGAGCUGGAAAACUUAAAUCUUUCUGGAUCCACUGGGCUGUCAGAUUUUUCACACCUCAGCAAAGAUAGCCAUGGACGUGAUGGUAGCAGCAAUAUAGCUGACCCUGAUGAACAUGAUAAUCUAAGUGUCAGCAGUAAAUCAGCUUCAGAGAAAGGAUCUAAGAAAAAGAAAGGAAAAGCUACUGGAAGUUCUAAAGUCGGGGGUGAAGAAAGUGUUCCAGAGAUGCAAGAAUCAACAACUACUAAAUCUAAGAAAAAACAGAAAAGGGGGAAGGUUACUUCCGGUGCACAGAUUUCUGAUUCAAAGUCAGGUGCUAAGAAAGAUACAGAGAGGAUGGAUGAACCUAGUUUUUUAUCAGAAGAAUCGAUAGUUCAGAAAAUAAUGUCACUGAUCCCAGAUUUGGAAGAGCAAGGCAUGGAUGAUCCUGAGACUGUUCUUACACCUCUGGCAAACCAUUUGAGACCCAAGCUCCUACAUGCAUGGAUGGAAAAGAAAAAGGCUGCCUUUACAGAGAAUGCUCAGAAAAUGAAACGGGUGCUUGAUAAUUUGCAACGAAAACUUGAUGAGGCAUUAUUAAAUAUUCAACUCUAUGAGAAGGCACUUGAUUUGUUUGAUGAUGACCAUCAAACCGGAGUUCUCCUACACAAACAUUUGCUACGAACUGCUGCCACUCCAAUUGUGGAUAUGCUCUUAAUUAACCUGGAUAUGCACAACAAACUUGGGAAUGGAAUUCAAUUUGAGGAAUCGCAAGAUCCUGACACAGCAUCAUUGAUCUCUGCAGAUAGAAUAUCCUUGGCGAAGGGGUUACCUAGAUCUUUGUCAACAAAAGCUGUUGUUUUAGUUGAAGCUUUGGAAGGGAAGCGGGUGGAGUUAUUUAUGAAUGCAGUUAGAGACUUAAUGGAGGAAAGCGGGUUAAUAUUCAGAAAACUUGAUAAGAAAUUGGAGAGGACAUUACUGCAUUCAUAUCGCAAGGAUCUGACAUCUCAAGUUUCUGCUGAAACCGAUCCUGUCGCACUUCUCCCAAAAGUCGUCUCAUUACUAUAUGUGCAGGUGCAUGGAAAAGCUCUUCAAGCGCCUGGCAGGGCCAUUUCAGUCGCCAUUUCUAAACUGAAGGGCAAACUCGACGAUUUGGCAUUCAAGGCUUUAUCAGAUUACCAAAGUGCAACCGUGACCCUUCUAGCUCUAAUAUCUGCAGGAACCGGCGAAGAAGAAGAUUGUUCAUCGGACAGAAUUAUGACAAAGAGGGAACUCCUGGAGAGUUUAAUGCCGUCAUUGAAGAACUUGGUGUUGGGAAGCAGCUCGCAAACUUGACUUUGUGAAUUCAGUUCUCUCAGGUAUACUCUUUAACUGUCGAAUUAGUCGGUGAAAUAUAGUCUUAUCAAUUUGCUCCGGCCGUGGUUUAUAUACCAUGUUCUGUGGUCUAUAUAUACUCAGUCGUCGUCGAAAAACACCUGCUAUUUUAGACAGUUUAUACACUUUCUAAGAAGAACUUGAUGAGUACAUUUUAAUGGAUUUGUUGAGUAGUGAGCAAAGUAGGAAAAAAUUGAAUUGAUGGUGAACAAAUUAGGAGAGAAAUGUGUUAUUGGAGGAAAUUUUUGCACCUUCAGCUCAUGUAACUCAAAUGAUCAU